GGAUUUGUAAACACAGUUACUUGAAUAAAUAUCUUCAGAUAAUAUCCAUAUAGAAAGUCAUUUGCAAAUUGCUCUUACGAAACUUAAAAAAAAUAUAGAACCUUGCAUUGACAACACCGUCCUUAUCGCUCUACUCCAAUGCUUACAAAUCAAGUUAUGUAUGGUAUUCGCUCUGUAGCGAUACACUUUCACCCCGCAGGCUCGAAACCUGCGCUCAAUGCCAGUCGAGUCGCCGUUCGAUACGCAAGUCUGUCAGCGACCUCGCCCAGUAGAAGGAAAAUGGCAGAUAAACUGACUCAAGAAGAUCGCGAUACGCAACUCCAGCCGUUAUUAAAGGCUGGUUGGAAAGUGCAAAGCCAGCGGGAUGCUAUUGAAAAAGAGUUUCAAUUCAAGGACUUCAACCAAGCUUUUGGCUUUAUGACUAGAGUGGCACUGCUGGCUGAGAAAAUGGAUCACCACCCAGAAUGGUUUAAUGUUUACAACAAAGUACAAGUAACAUUGUCUUCACAUGAUGUCAAUGGGCUUAGCAAAAGAGACAUCAGAAUGGCUACAUUUAUGGACAAAAAUUUCAACUAGCUUUUUAAUUAAUAUGAAACUAAGACAAUAUAUAGAAUAUACCUACCUAUUGUAAAUGUUUACAAUUGUAUAUUUCAUGAAUGUAUAGUAUAAAGUACGAGAACCUACAAGAUGUUAUUAAAUUAAAAUGAUAAAAAUA